GUGUUCUUUGGUGGGUUUUUUGACUUGUUGUUUUUGUCUUCGUUGUCCGUAUUAGGAUAAAGCUAGAGCUGUUGAAAUUAAAAUAAAUUUCCCGAAAACCAAAAUUUUCGAAAACCUAAGGAAAAUCCACAAAGUUUCAUAAGAUUCUGGAAAAAUAAUGACGAAAAUCCCAAAUGUUCUGGGAAAAUUUCGGUCUUUCUCUAAUAUUUUCCCAGAAUCUUAUAAAAUUUUGGGGUUUUUCCCCAAGAUAGUGAUAUUGGGGUAUGCUUCCUGAGGCGAAAUGAUCCUAUUUAUUAUUACGAAAUUUUUGAUCUCACAGCAGUAAAGAUUACUUACUAUGCAUACCGUGGAGUGUUUCCAUUUAGUUAAGUAAAAUAGUGCCUUGAUAUUAUAAUUCUGCGUCUCUGAGAUAUUGUUUCAUGUCUGUAGUCCCCCUAAACGAUCAAGGGAUCCAAAUUAUAUCUUUCUUAACAUUUCAAUGUGCAGAUCUACAUGAAUUUUCGCCUUUACCCCUUCUUAACCUUGAUGUGAUAUCACAUUGAAAUUGGAAAAGUUCUUUUGCUUGCCACUCUACGAGUCAGGUUUUUCAACGAUUGUCAUUAUUAUAUCAAUAAUCCCUCUAAAAGCCUUUCUACGAUGGGUAUUAUGCAGUCAACCUCGUCCCAGCUCUAAACACCUACUCAGUAGUUUAGGUUUUUCUUAGUAUAGUAUGCAUUUAAGAAAUAAAGUGGAAGAUACUUGAUCUUAUCAAGUUUUCUUCAAAUUGACAUCCCAUGUUUAAGUAAAACAUUUCUUGGCACAAUUUCUAGUAACGAGUUACACUAGUUAUAUAUAUUCGUAAAUCAUUUCCAUAUUUCGGAAUUUUUCGCCAAAUAAUAUUUUUCACUUUGGUUUCUUUAUAUGUCGUCCGAUUUCUUGUUUAGUCUUUUACGUCCAACAUUAAUUUCUAGUGAGGUUUUGGCGAAAGGAAACAAAAACAUUGAGUUGUUUAGUUUGAGUGGUGCGCUCUCUACUGUUGCCUGAAUGGUCCGGAAUUAUUGGAGUUAGACUAAUUUGAAAAAAGUCCUUAGUAUGCAAUCACAGAUUUUCUCAAAGCUGUGUACACAAGUCUUGUCUAGCGUACAUAGUCAGUUAAGAAAAAUAAGCCAAAAAGUGUUUUGUACUAAUUCGCCCUCUUUAAAAUUUCAUCUCAUUCUUGUAAUCUAGGCUAGAUUCACUUAUAGGCCUGUAAUUAUUAGAACUACGUUACGAAUAACAUUUAUUCUAUGGGUCCUUUUCAUAUCAUCAACAAUCACUUUUUUACCAAUAAUAAAAACGAAGGCUGUGCAAUAUCAGUUCUAUUUGUCUCUUGUCUUCUGUAUGGUCCAUCUAGUCAUUUUCCAUUCAAUUUCAUUUAUUACAGGUGUCUCGUCUGCUAUCGUUGUUGGUUAAAAAUUAAACAGUGAAAAAUGGCUUUUUUCACCUCCAAAAAUCAAAAACUAGCUUCUUCCUUUGGGUCAGAAAAACUCGAUUCGAUCAGAAGUAUCCAUCGUAUAUAAUCUCCAAAGGUUUUGCAAUAGUACCGUCAUCUGGUCAGGAUAUACACUCUACUGGUCGUUGUACAUUAGCUCCUGAUCAGUCAGUCCCUCGACAUGUUUCUCUUGCAUCAUCUAUUCGUUUACGAAACUCUUCUGCUUCGGAACUUCGACGAGAAUUUAUUAAUUUUUUCCGAAGUCAUCAACAUUCAGUGGUAGCACCGGCUUCUGUAUUUCCGAAGCGUCACGAAGGAAGCUAUUUCAUCAAUGCAGGAUAGGUAUGAACCAAUUUAAAUCAAUUUUUCUCAACCAGUCGGAUAGUAUUUGUUCAGAAUUUAAGCAGUUACGUCGUGCUACGAACUCACAGCCAUGUAUUCGAAUCGGUGGUCGUCAUGAUGAUUUAAAUGAUGUGGGAUAUGAUAGGCAUCAUCAUACAAUGUUUGAAAUGUUGGGCAGUUGGUCGUUCGGGGACUACUAUAAGAAAGAGGCUUGCUCUCAGGUUUGGAAAUUUCUUACUAAGGUGUUAAACCUGCCUACCAAUGCAAUUUACAUAACAUAUUUCGGUGGUGAUCAAAAACUUGGACUUCCUCCAGAUGAUGAGACACGUGAUAUCUGGUUGAACUUGGGGGUGAUGGAUCAAAAAUUAAUGCCAUUCGGUAUCGAAUCAAACUUUUGGCGUGCAAAUCAGUGUAGUGGUGGAGGAUUGUGUGGUCCGUCAACUGAAGUACACAUAGAUUUCAAAGCACUCUGCGGUGGAGACCAAUUAGACUGUGCACGUUGUUUAGUGAAUACUUCUAGCCCUCAAGUUUUGGAACUGUGGAAUUGUGUUUUCAUAACACAUCGUAUCAUAGCUGAUAACGAUGUGACAGAGAAACAUCUGAAACCUGACCUUCUUCAACCUUUAAAUAAGUCAUUUGUAGAUACUGGAAUGGGACUAGAACGACUAGCAUGUGUGAUGCAGGGAAUGACGUCGAAUUAUGAUUCCUAUGAAAUAAAUAGUUUAAUGGAAUUCAUACAUUCAAAGGCAAACUCAUGUAAUCCUUCUGUGCCUGUUUAUCAAGGUUUAUUUUUAUCCAAUCCUCUACAAGAUGUUGAAACUAAAACAGACAAAGAUCAAUCAGAAAUUACUCUAUCUUCUCUGUGGAAUAAAAUAUCUGGAAAAUCUUCGUCUUCUGCUCUCUGCUCAAAAUCACAUCUUGCCCUUGAUCAUUCUUGGAAAAAUUUUAACAUGGACAAUGAUCUUGUUGAUAUGUGGCAUCGAGAUACCGCCUAUCGAGUAUUGGUCGAUCAUAGUCGUGCUUUAGCAUUCGCCUUAUCAGAUGGUUUAUUACCAGGACGUCAAGGUUUACCUCUGAAAAUUCGUCAGCUUAUUCAUCGAGCUUUUCGUGCAUCUGUUUUAACUGGUCUUGAUACAGAAAUAACUACGUCGGGGAAAUUAAAAUCUCUCCUAGGAGCUUUGGUAUCCGAAGUAGCCAAAAGAGAUGUUCUCAGUCUUCAGUCGUUUUUUAACACAAUGGCUACCAUAAGAGGACCUAGCUGUAGAAAGUCUGAUGCAAUAACUCCGGAACAAAUGGAAUCAAUUAUUAAUGAAGAAGUGACUUCGUUUGCACCUCGUUUAUUUCAUAUUGAAAAUUCAUUUAAUCGAUGUUUGGAAGAAUGCAUCGAUAGGAGACAACUGUCAGCUGAACAAGUAACUAAACUAAUGAACGGUGAUUAUGGACAUCAUGUAAGCUGGGAUAUGAUAUGUGCACAAUCAUGUUGGGCUGGUCUUUUGCCACCCUUACCAAUCGAAACUAACUCUCCAUCGGACAAGAAUAAACCACUACUGUUUAGAAAUCAGAAAUUAAAUUCAAAUGUAAUUUCACGUCAGUUGCAUAAUUUAUGUGUACCGUUUACGGAUGAUUCGUUUAAAUAUAACUGUUAUCAAAAAUCUGAACUGGAUCCAAAUGCAACUGGACAAUACGAUUUCCCAGAUUGUGAAACAAAAUUACUAGGAUUACUUGCCAUUGGUAAUAAAGAUACAGAUUAUACGUUAAUUACAAAACAAUCUUUAUCGGAUUCAAAUGUCACUUCUGUCAUUCAAAAUCUAUGCGAUGCAUCAAAUAAUGAAAUUGCUAAUAAUUUACUCGGUUUUAUUUUUGAAAAAACUAACUUUUUUACAUCAUGUGGUGGUCAAGAUACUGAUACCGGUUUUAUUCACUAUCCUUCUAAGAUUCUUCAAUUUCAAGUUAUUGAAACAACUUUUGUUUCUGAUCCUAUUUCGAAUUCUUCAACGAAUGGUUGGAUUAUACAUUGGUGUCAUAAACCAGAUAAUUUAUUUCCUUCAUUAAAUAAUCUAAAUUUUGAUCAAUCUUUUGUUUUAAGUAUUGAUAAAGAACGUAGAUUUAAUCUCAUGUGUUCACAUACUGGUCAGCAUUUAUUUACAUCAGCUCUAGAAUCAUCAGUGCUAUCACAUUCUUCAGCAUUCCAACAUAUUGGUGGUACUUCUCACCCCAAUUAUUUCACAGUAAAAGCUGCUAUUAUCGGUUCAGCGUCAGAACUAAUACAAGAAGAUUUAGGUAAUUUUACAAGACAAUUAGAACAAAAGUGUCAAAAGUUAAUUAAUGAAAAUGGAUUUAUUUCCAUUUGGAAUACAGAAUUGGCACAUGCUUUAAAAGUGAAACAAAUUCGAUACUUCCCUUGGGAGGAGUAUAGUGCAAAAGUACGUACUGUGUGUAUAACAAAAGAAAAACAUUCAAUCAAUGAUCAUGAACUAACAGAUUUUAAUUCUGUCAUCUCAGCUGAAUUGUGCGGAGGGACACAUCUUUUUGAGUUAUCUGAUUUACUGGAUAUAGCGGUGGUUGCAGUUAAAGGACGUCGAAAAACAGUCAAAGAAUUCACUUGCAUUUUUGGUCAUUUGGCUAAAUCUGCACAUCAAUGUGCUAAUGAAUUGAUUCAAGAAGGUUUAUCAAAGAAAAAGAAGCUAUUCAUGAUCCUAAAAAAGCAGCCAUUCAUAUGGAUUGGUAUGAAUCUGUUUUAAAUGAUCCACAUUAUACUGGAUUUCUCCCAUUAUAUGCUCGAUUAGCGUUAGAAACCAAUCUUUUCCGUAUCAAUCAUAAAACAGAUAUCAUUGAUACUGACCAUGUCCAAUUAUACAUUGAUAACAUGAAAAUAAUGAUUGGAAAUAAUAACUGUGAAACAUCUCAAGCUGUAAUUUCUCAACUUGAUUUUCAUAGAUUAGAUGAUCUUAUUUUUGCAUUUAUACAACUCAAUACGACUCAACCGUUUGUUGUCUAUAGUAUGAAUUUAGCUAUUUGUUAUUUUCCAAAAUCACAUGCUAAUCAAACAGCUUUGAAUUUGGCACAUAUGAUAGCCAAACUUUUAUCUACUGAACUUGGAAUAGUGCAUUUAACAGUGAAAGGUCGACCUUUACGUUCUAAUCAUCUAAACAAUGAUGACCGGUAUAAAUAUGCGUUCCUUCAACUUUCACCUACAGCGGAUACUUUUACCACGAUGACUAAGAUGCAACAACCAUUGGAUUGGAAUGACUAUCAUACGUUGUUGGCAAAGUGUGUAAACUCAAUUUUACGGAGUCCAGUUUACGGUGAAGCAUAAAAUGUGUAGUUUAUAAACUUUUGAAUAUAUGAUAACUUGUUCUCUUUUCUUUUGUAGAUCUUUCAUCCCAAAAUAUUUACAAUUCGCAUAUUUGUUUGUAAAUUCCGUAUUUAUAUUAAAACAAUAUACAUUCAAACUUCUGAAAAUGUUACUAACUUCUUUUUAUUGCUGUUAUAGCAACUUUUCACUUAUGAUCAAACAUAAAGUGUCCUCUAUCAGAAUGAACGCUUCAUUAUAAUGAUGAAAAGGUUUUAUUCUUUAAAAAUAACGCUUAGUUAGCUGUUUAUAUUAGAAACAAAUAAUGUUCCUUGUAAAAUAACUUUUUUCACAAAUUUAAAUGCAAAGUAUUCGUCUGUAUG